CACGCAGCAUGGCAGAACUUCUGGCACAGCCCACUUCGACGCCGCCGAGUCAAGCCCACCGCAAGUGCUGCUGCUGCCAUAUCUUUGGUCAUGUACGCCUUUAAAGUCCUUUCAUCCCAUGACCUGGUCCACAGCAUCGCGAGCUUCCAACGGGGCGUUUGCGUUGAUGACGCGCCGAUCACUCAACUCACACACACAGCCCCGGACCUGCGCGGAAUCCCCGCCGUCGCCGACUUUUUCAAAACGAUCUUUCAUGACACAUUCGAGCAGUGGCUUGCGCGUCUAGGCGUCCCUGGCCUUACUCGGCUCAUCGCCACCACAUCGACUGUCCCUCGACACGUGAUCUUUGCCUACGCGGCGUGGGUGGGCAACUUGUCGCUACUCCGAUUCCUCUUGGCACAGUUGUCGACGUCCACGAUCGCGUCGCUACAAUCGUCUGCGUUGCUGCUUGAUCUCGCAGCCACCCAAGGACACAUGCAAGUCGUGACCUUUCUUCAUGCGCGGCCCGGCCAGCGCGCGUCGACGGCCGCGAUGAAUGGCGCUGCCGCCAAUGGCCACUUGGACAUGGUCCAGUUCCUGCACACCCAUCGUGUAGAAGGGUGCACGACAGAAGCCAUGGACGGUGCUUGCGAGCGAGGACAUCUGGACGUCAUCGAAUGGCUCAGCCGCGUGCGGGAGGCCAGGUGUACCGUUCGGGCCCUCGAGGCCGCCGCGACCCGCGGCCACUUGCACGUGGUCCAAUUUCUCGUCGACGAAUUCGGGAUCCUGUGCAGUGCUAGCGCCGUUCUAGCCGCUGCGCGCGCUGGCCACAACAGUGUCGUGCGAUUCUUGUCGCAACGAUUGCUUGACAAGGAGACUGCUCGACAAAUUAUACGAGGGCAAGCUCGGCUGGCAGGCAACGCGCGCCACUUGUCGCAAGUACUGUCGGCGAUGUAAAGCUCUAACUUGAUGGCCCUGUCGUCUGUCGUAGUGUGUGCUUGCGACAGUGCAAGUCGAUUAUUCGUGCACGGGCGUCGCUGAACAAACGAAAUACGCUGCCGUCAGCCAUGCUCGCAAUCUGCUUCGUUGACAAAUAACGUGGGGGGAAUAAAAGGUCGUCGUAUUAGUAUUGCACAAGGUGGGUUGUAGCAUCACACCAGUACCUCGGAGCUGGCAAACACGGGGGUUUCGGCGAUUUCUCCAACCAUUUUUUCAGGAUAUUUGCUUCGUUUGUCGUGGACGCCAAGGGAAGCGCCUUUGUCGUUGGGCCCGAGGACAAACGGCAUGCCGUGAUGAUGGUUGGUUUGCACCGGCGAAAUAGAUAGCCUUGCGCACACAUCACCCCUUAUCCUCACGACAAGGCACUGCGCAUCGACUGAGCCGCACCACCCUCCAGCACCUUUCUCACAUCGCGCGCGCGCCAACGUCGUGUCGCGGUGGUGUCUGC